AUGUAUGCCGAUGCACAGGCGGCUGCAGUACAGCGCCGCGCCGCGGAGAGGCGGCGCGCGGGGCGCGCGGCACCCCCAAAGGCGCUACCUCACUUCAGCACCGUGCCUGUUCGCCUGCCCGUGCAGGAGCGGUCGAACAAUCUGUACGUGAAGAACCUCCCAAUCACGUGGGAUGUCGUCCGGCUCCAGGAAUUCUUCGGGAUGUGCGGCCAGGUCACUGAGUGCCGCAUCCUGCCCAUCAGCGGGGUAGCGCCCGGAGCGUCGGCGCUGGUGCGCAUGUCCGCGGUGGAGGAGGCUGCCGCCACGAUCGAGCAGGUCCACGGGAAGAUCCCACCGGGUGAGCGAGACCCCCCGCGCGGCCAUGCGCGAGAUGGAGCAGUGCUCCCAGUGCUGUUGGUUGUCUAG